AUGCAAAAAUCAAACUUCAUAGCAGCAGAGGUUGUGUACAAAAAAGCCCAAAUGAUCGACCCUGAUGCAAACAAGGCCUGUAACUUGGGCCUCUGUCUAAUGAAACAGGCCCGUGUCAAAGAGGCCCGACUCAUCCUCUUUGACAUUCUUAGCGGUAGGUUUCCCGGAGCUGACUACACCAAGGCUUGUGCCCGGGCUCAACAACUGUUGUCCGAGUUGGAGACAUGGCGGCAACCGCCUUCUGGUUCACCGGAGAAUCAUCUGAGCUUGGAUCUAGAUGAUGACUUUCUUGAUGGGCUUGAAAUACUAAUAAACGAAUGGGCUCCUUAUAAAUCAAAAAGGUUGCCUAUAUUUGAAGAAAUUGAGAAAUUUAGGGAUCAAUUAGCUUGUUAG